AAAUCUUUAUUAAAUCACCACCAUUUUGAACAAUGAAGGCAGCAGUCGUUAUUUUGUUUUUAGCUGCCACGGUGUCGGCCAGGGUCUCUGUGUCAGAGAUCUCUAUCCGCAAUUACCAUGACAACAUUGGCGUCCCCUUAGCGGCGAAGAUUAAGGCGUUUGAAGAACAGAAUGUAGAAGAAAAUGCGAGUGGCCAAAGGAUCGUUGGUGGUAUUGUCACCGACAUUAUCAACGUUCCAUUCCAAGCUGGUCUGAUCAUCACCCUCGUGGACGGGCGGCAGUCGGUAUGCGGCGGUUCCCUGCUUUCCACCAGUCGUAUCCUCACAGCUGCCCACUGUCAAUUCGACGGUAUCCACGCGGCACAUUCCUUCAACGUCGUCCUUGGCUCCAACCAGCUUUUCACCGGAGGAACCAGAUUCCACACCAGGGAUAUUGUGAUGCACCCACAGUGGCACCCUUUCACCGCGAAUAACGACAUAGCUGUCCUUCGUUUCCCUGCCAUUCGGUUUACUGUCCUUAUCCAGCCAAUCUCUCUUCCCGAAGGCAGCUACAUUAACAACGAUCUGGUCGGUCGUAUAGCUACAGCCUCUGGAUAUGGAUGGACUCACGAUGGUGCCGGUAUCAGCCAACACCAGCGCCUUAGCUCCGUGAACCUGCCCAUCAUCGACAACUCAGUCUGUGUUUCCGCUUACGGACCCAAUGUCAUUCGCAACACCCAGAUCUGCACCAGCGGACAGGGUGGACGCAAUAUCUGCAGAGGUGACUCCGGCGGUCCCCUGUUCAUCAACAGUGGAAAUAGAAGAAUAUUGGUUGGAGUUACAUCGUUCGGUGCCGAAGCUGGCUGCAUGAUUGGUCUUCCAGCAGCCUUCACGCGCGUCGCCUCUUACAUCUCCUGGAUUUUGUCUAUCUAAACAAUAAAUUUAAACAUUGAAAUUACCGUCGAAGUAAACUUUUUUAUGUACCUACACAUCUAUUGGUAAUAUUUACUCUUUCAAAAUGUCUUGUUGUUAAAGAAUUGUUAGAUCAUUUUUA